GAGUGACGACUGCAGGGACCCGACCUUUCUCUGCUUUUCCGACGAAGAAUGUUACACUGGACAAUUCAGCAUCACGUGGAAAAGAACACAGAAACCUUAUCUGGACCCCUCGGAAACCCUCGACGGUUUAUGUGACGGAACUUGUUGCUGUCACCCCCCCUUUGGCCCGACACCCGUCCCUGAAUGGGGCGCAGAUCCCGAAGGUUUCGGGGGUCCGGAACCUACCGAUCCAAGGACAACCCCAGAAGAUGGGGAUGGGGAUGGGGAUUUGUAUAGGCAGACGACGAAGGAGAGAAAGAAGGAGACGGAUGACCAGGACCCGGAGACGUAUAUCUAUAUCGGUGUCGGUGUCGGUGUGAGUGGCGUUCUGUUGGCCCUCACCGUUAUCGUUAUCGUGUGCUGUGUGGUAAAAAGGAGGGGGUCUGAGAAGGAGAAGGCUGCAGCAGCCGCCGGGAUGCAAGGAGUAGCCAAUGGAGGGUUCGGUCCUGUCGUUCAAGCCACGCGCCAAAACAGCUUAGAGGCGGAGUCGGACCACACUGGGGUAUCGAUCGUGUCUCGAGAGGCAGAGGGCGGUACUUCGAGUCCUUCGGCGCAGCCGAUCACUGAGAAUGAGUCCCAUUACGAUUACAUUGACGAUGCUUACUUCGCUCACGGCGCUGGGUAUUCGAUGCUGAGUGAUGAAACCAAGUACAACCACGAGUACAAUCCCUUAUAUCGUUCGCAGACUGCCCCGGAUUUCAGCCUGAUAACAUUGAAUAGAGUAGUGGAUUCGAAUUACAGAUACAAAUCCGAUACUGGGUAUGAGAAACCCUUCGACUACCAUAGGUCAGGGAAUCGAUUUUCUGAUGGAAACGGUCACGAGCGAUACGUGAUCACGCCCCGCUCCAUCCGCCCAGCUCCGCCCCCGACAGUUAGGGGCGGAGUCAGGGGAAACCAACACGCCCUCAGAGAUGUAUACACCACGCCCAUUCACCAAGACGUGACCAAUCACGCUCCAUCUGCUUUCUCUCCAACCACACCCCACCCAGGAAUAGACGGCAACGCUCCCAACAGCUACCUUGACCUUUCAUUCAACCCCGCCCUUGACCUUAACCACGCCCACCUUCAGGGGGGCAGGGUGGUUGACAGUCGAGGCCAGAGGUUCCGCCCCCUCAGCGAGGAGGCUCCGCCCCUCAACCCGUACCACGCCUACCUGGAGGUGCUGGCUCCCCUCGCCCCGCCCCCUAGAGGUCAAGGCCGGGUCAGCCUGCCUCCUAUACCCGCCACGUCCAUAGUUGACAGUCUGGGACCCCAGCCCCCUCUUCCAAGACGGCAGCCGACGUUCCAUUACUACAGCCAGCCCGAACGACCGGGACCUGCCUUCAUUGACGAGUAAAUCCACCCACAUCUGAAUCAGGAAAAGACAAAUCAAAUUUUUGGGACACAGGGCCAAUUGUUUUUGGAUAGACAGAGCCCAGUCAGAGAUGCGGUGGGAAGAAGGCGUUGGCGAUGGAUUGGACACACUUUCAGGAAGUCAAGC